CCGUAAACCAAUGAGUUCCUGCACACCACCGCCCUUUUCUUUUACGUGAUUUGUGGUGGGCGGAAUGAUAUAGUUCGUAGUAGCCUGGGUGUGUAGUUCCGGUCGUAAGCGGACAUUUUGUCGAUUGAAAGCAAAGGAUAGACACCGGAGAAGUGGGUUGGAUUGGGGACGGUGCCGCACUGUGCGCCCCUAGGUUGUGUUUGAAGUUUGCGAGUACCACGCUGUGAGAUUGCUACCGCAAAGGGGUGGCAAGUUGGUUUAAAGUUAACAUUUUUUUGAAAACGCCGACUAGGCGCUCAGAAGAUAGACAUUUAGCCGUGUUUAUAAACGAAACUCCUCUGGCUAGCUAGCUGCGACAGGCUAGCGCACAACGACCUGAGCUUUUCCACUGACGUUAAUUGGCAUUGAAAGUAUGGCUUUGAAACGAAUUCACAAGGAACUGAACGACCUGGCUCGCGACCCACCAGCACAGUGUUCGGCCGGACCAGUUGGAGAUGACAUGUUUCAUUGGCAAGCUACUAUUAUGGGGCCUAAUGACAGUCCAUACCAAGGGGGUGUAUUUUUCUUGACAAUCCAUUUUCCCACAGAUUACCCUUUUAAACCACCCAGGGUCGCAUUCACCACGAGAAUUUAUCACCCCAAUAUUAACAGUAACGGCAGCAUCUGCCUGGAUAUUUUAAGAUCUCAGUGGUCGCCCGCAUUAACUAUCUCUAAAGUUCUUUUGUCCAUUUGUUCUCUGUUAUGUGAUCCCAACCCUGACGACCCCUUAGUGCCAGAGAUCGCCCGAAUCUACAAAACAGACACUGAAAAAUACAACAGAAUAGCUCGGGAAUGGACCCAGAAGUAUGCCAUGUGAAACCCCCUGUUCUAAUAAGGACCGCACCCACCUUAUUAUUUGAAGAAAUGUUUACUUCUGUUGCCCCACCUUUUUUCUUUUUUUUCUGUCUUUUUUUGUCUUUCCCAAAUGUUUGCCCCCACCUCCCACUGAUUAAUUGUUUAUACCGUCAUCUUCCUCACUGAAGAUGAAAAACAAAAUUAAGUGGUUUUAGUGUUUUGUUUUUGUCCUCACAAGGGGAUGACUUUUUUUUUGUUUUUUUUUGUUUUUUUGCAAGCAGCACUUUGUCCCGACACCCCCUCUUUUUUUUUUUGGUUCUUGUUGUCGUUUUCAAAGGCCCCCUAUGGGACUGCGCUCUUCACAAAGCAUGUGUGUUACCUGGCCACCGCCAACCCUUGUGGAAAAAAAAACAUGUAGAAACCUUGCCAACAAACAAGUGGCCGCAAAACAGAAAAACACAAGAAGAAAAUAAUCAAAUUGCAGAAGCGCUUCAACUGCUGGGACCUUUACAAGGUGCAAUUCUCAACCUGUUGAGACUGACUCUCUCUCUCUCUCUGUCUCUCUCUCUGUCUCUCUUUCUCUCUGUCUCUCUCUCUCUGUCUCUCUUUCUCUCUUUCUCUCUCACACACACACACACAUAUUGUAUCGUUCCUUUUGGAACAACCUCUGAGUUGGUGCUCAAGCAUUAUCAUUCAGUGUGCUUCUACAAUAGCAAUCAUGAAUGAUAAUAAUAACUGAUCUGUGAACAGAAAACAAUCAAUCACACCAGUAACUGACUGUUCCCGAGGUAGACAAGAGCUGCUCGUCUUACUGUAUCAGCGGUUAAGGAAAGGAAAGCAAAGCGGGAAAAAACACAAAAGAUAUCUAUAUAUUUUAUGCAUGUAAAUUAAAAGGUAAUUAAAAAAAAUGAAAGAAAGAAAAAAAUGUUUGUAUGUUCUGCUGAAAUGUGAUGUGUGCAAAUGGGAAAGGUGGAGGAGUCCCUUGUUUUUUGUCAACUUUUUUUUUUUUUUUUUUUUUUUUUGGUUAUUCCUUUUUUUCCUGUGUCACCUUUUGACCUCCACCUUGUUUUCUUUUGGCCCCUCUCUGUGUUGUUUUAGGAUCCUUGGAGCUCUUAGUUCAUCUGUCCUCCACCACCACACUGUCCACUUUGCACUGAAUAGUCCAUACAAUUUUUUUGGGGGGGCGACUGAUUAACUAAUAGCUCUUUGUUAUUAUUUUUCUCAAUAAAGUUUUAAAAAAGUGAACAAAAUCAGAAA